AUGGCAAUGAACACUCCUCAAGUCGAAGUGGUGGACAUCACAGACGACAGACCUCUAGCUGUUCGUCGAAAGCGACGCAUCAGUACUGGGCUUGCGGAUCCCGUUGAUAUACCGAAGUUGGAGCCAAGUGUCGAAGUUGAAGAGAGCUCUCGAGAGGCUCCCAAGACGCCCACCAAGUCCAAGAAACGAGUGCGCUUUUCGGACCCAGGUCCCGAGCUUUCAGCGCCAUCUACAUCCACCGGACUCACCCCUUACCUCAAGCGAACAACCUUCACCCCACGGGCUCAGGGACCUUCAACGCCACGGCUACUGGCCGCCGGCACAAGGCGUCUUUCGCUUCCCGUACAAUUAUCGACGUCGCUACCAUCUCCAUCCCUGUCACCGUCACCAGGCCCAUUUUCAGGCGAAUUUCAAUUCGCCCCGCUGCGUCAAGUACUCGAUAACCGGCUGAAGCGGCGCUUAAGGAGAAACAAUCUAAGUGGUGAGAUCAAUGACAUAGACGAGGAAAAGAAAUCAAAAAGGAAGUUGGAGCAAGAGAUACAAAGCCUCAAGGAUGAGCUGGCAGUGGCCAAACAGUCCGGCAAAGAACACAGCGAUGGAUCAGACGGAGAAGCAGCGGGUGCUGAGAGAAUCCGAGAGUUGGAGCAACAGCUGGUCGAGCUGAGGAGAGAGAUGCGCGAGCGAUCAACAACUGCUGAACCUGUCGCUGGGAGUGAUGACCUCCCGGACACGGUAUCAUCGCCUAUGGAGAUCUUUGUUGACAACGCAGAUGAAGGUUUUAUUGCAACGAAUUUCGACGACAAUGGAGCUCUCCAAGACCAGACCCCGGUCGGAGUCCUGCAGCCUGUCAACGAAGCGGCAACUCAGGUCGCACUGCCUUCGCCCACUCACACUGAGACAUUCCGUUUCGCUAGGAUUUCACUGGAGUACCUCUUUCCCGGAGAAAUCGCGCUUGGUCUCAUUCCCGAGGACCCAAAGCCAUUGCUCGACGUCAUGCUCGACCGCAUGCGAACUCUAAAGGCUCAAGCCUUUAUGGCAGAAGGUUCAUUGAAAGCUACCGAAACUCAAGAAUCAAAUUUGCGAAACCAAUUCAAUGCAGUGCUUGCACAACUGGACCGUGCACGUGUCUAUGCCGACGACUUGAGCAAGCGUCACUCAAACGAAAAAACCAGAGCCGACAAUGCGCAAGCGAGAGUGAGCAUGCUGGAAACAAGCCUCCAGAACACGUCGAGCAAGGCGACGGACUUGGCAAGGGAUGUUGACGAGAAAGAACGCUCAAUUGGAAAGCUUCAGGACGCGCUUGAAUCUUACAGAAUCGAAGUUGGCAAGCUUGAAAUGCUCGUCACUAGAAGCGAAGGCGAACAUGAUACAGCCAUCUCUCAGCUGCGCUCCGAAAUGGAUGAAGCUGUUGCAGACCUUGAGUGUCACGUCGCCGCAGAGACUAGGGGAAGACGUGAAGCUGAGCAGGAAGUGCAGGAGAGGAAUGUGAGAAUCAAAGAGCUCAAGGUUCGCGAGCAAGGACUUCAGGCCGCGGUCAAUGAGAAGCAGGAAGUCAUUCGGGAGACCGAGGCAGUCUUCGCUGAGGAGAGGACUGGAAGGGAGCGAGAAGUUGGCGGGCUGAACGUGACGAUUGGGCAACUGAGUACUGACCUUUCGGAAUGCAAGGCCAAAGUAGCCGCCGCCGAGGAGAAGCAACAACUGCUGAUGAGAAAAUUGCAAGAAGAGCGUGACGCAGGCUUGCGUGCUGUUGAAGCUGUGCAGACUGAGCUCGCAAGCUGCACGGAGAAAGCCGAGGGAGUCAAGAUUGCUCAUGUGAAGGACGUGCAGAGGAGGGGAGCCGAGGUGACGGAGCAUAAAGGUCUCCUAACCCCUGUCAGUGUGACGAGAUUCAGAGAUGUGGAGGGCUAUGUAGAAUUCAGACGUGGUAAGAAGGGAAAGCGACCUGACAGUGGGAUUGGAGUCCUGGAGGAGGACGAGGAUGAGGAUAUGAUCAUGGCUGAUGAUUUGUAA